AUGACUUUUCAGGAUAAUGGAGUAGGAAUUGCAAAGGAUGAUUUGCCGAUUGUAUGUGAACGCUUCACAACAUCGAAAUUGGAAAAAUACGAAGAUCUGGAAUCGAUGAGCACAUUUGGGUUUCGGGGCGAGGCGUUGGCAUCGAUAAGUCAUGUCGCCAAAGUGACAAUCAUCUCAAAAACGGCCAAUUCACCGUGCGCCUACAUUGGCCGUUACAUAGGUUUCCUAAAUUUUUUUAUACAUUUUCAGGUAUAA